AUGGCUAUGCAUCACACUGCACCUGGCACAUGGAACUUCAAUGGUGACCUCAAGGGUCUUGUCCCAUUUAGUGCAUUUGCAUAUUUUACUGACUCACUUGCCAAUCUGGCCAGCCCAAUUGUUUGGGCUACCACAACUCCCAAUUGUGUGUACAUUGGCAGGAGCCAUCCUCUUCCCUCCCCAAACUUCCAUUCAACAUCCUCCAACAUCCCCUGGCCUUUGUUGCCAUUGAUGGUCAUGUGCACACUAUCAAGCAUGAUUCCUUGGCCAAGCGAGCUCACUAGUUGGAAUGCACCCUCGAGAUUCGACCUGAUUCAUCUCUCACUUCUUGUGCCUGCAGCAAGGCCUUACACACUUGGCCAGCUGGCUGCUGAAAUGUUCAACCCAUCCAGCAAUGAAGAAGACUGCCUGCAACUCAAGAGGGGAGAAGACAUCAUAGGUUCAACCUCCCCACAUCUCCUUGUGCAGCACUUUCAAGAGCUGCUGCUAAUGUUUGGUUUCAACUGGCACAUGGAGAGGCAGAGGCAGAACCUUGCUUGUCUUCAAUCAUGCAAACUGAUCAAUGCUGUCAUAAUGCCAUACAACAAUGCACUAUUGUUUGGCAUGACCCAUGUUGUCUGCAGGUUUGAAGACAUGCAAGUUUACUCCUCAGAAGCCAUAGAAGAUUGUGCCAGUCUUGAAUGGGGGUUAGUACACUAUGGCUUUGGAAGGACCCUCUUCCAAGCCACUAUCACACUCCAAUUUGUUGAGUUUAUGGAGUUUGUCACCAAGUGGCAUAAUGAUGUCUGUGAGAUACUGAGGAUGGAUCCUCAGCACCUCCUUGGACAUAGGUACCAUGAACUUGCCCACAUCAUCAAGGAGGAAUGUGUUGAAUUCCCCAACCCUGCCAUACUGGCAAUAUUGAUUGAUGCUUCUGUUGGUGCAGCUACAUGUGUGCUUCUACAGUUCCUGGGUAAUGUCAAUGGUGAGGGGCUGCAAUGUGGCCUUCAGGUCAUAAGCCACUUUGACAAGCCACUGCCCACCUAUAGGCUCUCUGUGCUGAGUUGGCCCCUAGCAAUGCCAGUGGACAUGGAUUGGUCACCUGUCAUGCACAUGUCACCACUGAGUGAGGAUGCUAAUGGUGAGGCAUUCUAUGAAAUAGAGGUCCCAGUGGUCAUGUUGGAGUACUCAAGGCCUGACUUAGUACAUGAUCUUGUCCAUGCAUCUUCCCAGUCAUCUCAUGUACAGUUGGUGGAUGAGGAUGCUGGUCAUCAGCCAUUUGAGUCCAUAGUUAACCUGGUUGCAUUGUCUCCUGAUGCUGGAGUGAUUGACCUGACAGAUGGCAAGGAGACACAAACUGGCAUUGUUCGAUCUCAUGAUCUGGGCCAAUGCAUGCAAGAGCACUUGGAGGACAACACUAACUCACAGCUGCACAACAGCUCCCUGGAGUUGCAAGUGAAGCCUGACAAAGAAUAUACUCACCUCAUACUGGACCAUCACAAGGUGCUGGAGGAUGUCAUAUCUAUCUCCCAGGCUCCCUCUGGUGGGGACAAGGAUGAUGAUGGGCAGGGCACAGGAUCCAUCAAGAUGAAGGAGCAGGUUUUGGAGACCAACAGUGUCAACCUGGAGGUGGUGAUGUGCAUUCCAGGUGUCAACUUCACUCAUGUGUACUACAACAGCUGUGUUGAGAUCUUCAACAUGCUUGGGAUUGAAGCCACUCACACAGAAACAGUGGAGAUUUUGAUGGAAGCUGCUGCUGUUGGUGGAAAGGAUGAUUGUCACAGCAUCGCAGAAAAUGUUAUAUUCAGCCAGCUUGUGCCUAUGGGUACAGGUGCAUUCUAUGUCACUCUGGACAUUGAUGUGCUGAAUGAUACCAUCACUGACUACCAUUUCCCAGUACAAGACUUACUUGCUGCCCACAUGGUUGGCAGCAUGACACCAGGCCAAGUAGCAAUGACACCAUAUGACAUGAACUCACCUGCAUGGUCAGAGCAUAACUUCAAGGGCAAAUCAGCAACAUUCUCACUGCUUACUGUCAACAGCAGACAACUUUUCAUUCCCCAGGAUAUCCCCAUUCUACAACAGAAGCAGGAGGGCUACAUCAUCAACAUACUCCCCAACAUCACUGCACUCAAUCUCACAUCUCACCAUGUGGCAGCUUCAGCUCCUGUUCCUCCUGUGCACAGCACAACAUCUCCACAGUGGUCACCUUCUAGCCCUGCUUAA